AUGCUCUUGGAAGAUGAACGCCACCUGGAAGAACUCGAAGAACGCCACCUGGACGCUCUUAAAGAACGCCACUUGGAAGACCUCGAAGAACGCCACCUGGAUGCUCUUAAAGAACGCCACCUGGAAGAUCUCGAAGAACGCCACCUGGAAGAUCUCGGAGAAUGCCACCUGGACGCUCUUAAAGAACGGCACCUGGAAGAACUUGAAGAACGCCACCUGGACGCUCUUAAAGAACGCCACCUGGAAGAACUCGAAGAACGCCACCUUGAUGCUCUCAAAGAACGCCACCUGGUAGACCUCGAACAACACCACCUGGAAGCUCUUAAAGAAUGCCACCAGGAAGAUCUCGAAGAAUGCCACCUGGAAGCUUUUAUAGAACGCCACCUGGAAGAUCUCGAAGAACGCCACCUGGAAGAUCUCGGAGAAUGCCACCUGGACGCUCUUAAAGAACGCCACCUGGAAGAACUCGAAGAACGCCACCUGGACGCUCUUAAAGAACGCCGCCUGGUAGACCUCAAAGAACACCACCUGGAUGCUUUUAAAGAAUACCACCUGGAAGAUCUCGAAGAACGCAACCUGGAAGACCUCGAAGAAUGCCACUUGGAAGCUUUUAAAUAA